AUGAACGGCGGCAGCGCCAACAUCACCUACGCCAGCCGCAAGCGGCGGAAGCCCGUGCAGAAAACCAUCAAGCCAAUCCCAGCUGAAGGAAUCAAGUCAAAUCCUUCCAAGCGACAUAGAGACCGACUCAAUACAGAGUUGGACCGUUUGGCGAACCUGCUGCCUUUUCCACAAGAUGUUAUUAAUAAGCUGGACAAACUUUCCGUGCUUAGGCUCAGUGUCAGUUACCUAAGAGCCAAGAGCUUCUUUGAUGUUGCACUAAAAUCCUCCCCAACUGACAGAAAUGGAAUCCAGGAUAACUGUAGAACAAAUUUUGGGGAAAGCCUGAACUUUCAUGAAGGAGAAUUCUUAUUACAGGCUCUGAAUGGCUUUGUGUUGGUUGUCACUACAGAUGCCUUGGUCUUUUAUGCUUCUUCUACUAUACAAGAUUAUUUGGGAUUUCAGCAGUCUGAUGUCAUACAUCAGAGUGUGUAUGAACUUAUCCAUACUGAAGACCGAGCUGAAUUUCAGCGUCAGCUACACUGGGCAUUAAACCCUUCACAACAUACAGACUCUGGACAAAGAAUUGAUGAAGCGAAUGGCCUCCCCCAUCCAGAAGUCUACUACGAGCCAGACCAGCUCCCCCCAGAAAACUCGCCGUUUAUCGAGAGGUGCUUCAUUUGCCGGCUGCGGUGUCUGCUGGAUAAUUCGUCUGGCUUUCUGGCAAUGAAUUUCCAAGGGAGGUUAAAGUACCUGCACGGCCAGAACAAGAAAGGGAAAGAUGGGUCGGUGCUUCCCCCUCAGCUAGCCUUGUUUGCCAUAGCUACUCCCCUUCAGCCACCCUCCAUCCUUGAAAUCCGAACCAAAAACUUCAUCUUUAGAACAAAACACAAACUAGACUUUACACCUACUGGUUGUGACGCCAAAGGAAAAAUUGUUUUGGGCUACACUGAAGCAGAGCUGUGCAUGAGAGGAUCAGGGUAUCAGUUUCUUCAUGCUGCUGAUAUGCUCUAUUGUGCUGAGUACCAUAUGCGGAUGAUCAAGACCGGAGAGAGUGGCAUGAUAGUGUUCAGGCUUCUUACCAAAGACAACCGAUGGGCUUGGAUCCAGUCUAAUGCCCGCUUGGUUUAUAAAAACGGAAGACCAGAUUACAUCAUUGCAACUCAGAGACCUCUAACAGAUGAAGAAGGAACAGAGCAUCUAAAAAAACGAAAUAUGAAGUUGCCUUUUAUGUUUGCCACUGGAGAAGCUUUGUUGUACGAGGUAACCAACCCCUUUCCUUCCAUAACGGACUCCUUACCAAUGAGGACUAAAAAUGGUGCUAGUGGAAAAGAUUCUGCUACCCAGUCAACACUCAGUAAGGAUUCUCCCCAUCCCAGUUCUGUCUUCAGUGCCAUUAUGCAACAAGAUGAGUCAAUUUAUCUCUGUCCUGCUUCCAGUAGUGCUCCUUUAAAAAAUUUUUUAAACGAAUCUAUGGACACAUGCAGUAGUUGGCAGGACAGUAUUGCACCAGCUGGAAAUGAUAUCCUGAAACAUGAGCAAAUCGGUCGUUCUCAGGAAAUGAACCUGACCCUUUCUGAAGCUCAUGGAGGGCUCUUCCCUGACAAAAACAGUGACUUGUACAGCAUGAUGAAACACCUAGGGGUUGAUUUUGAAGACAUUAAACACAUGCAGCAGAAUGAGGAAUUUUUUAGAGCCGACUUUUCUGGUGAGAACGACUUCAGAGACAUUGACAUAACAGAUGAAAUCCUGACGUUCGUCCAAGAUUCUUUAAAUAAGUCUACCUUCGCGUGUCCAGGUUACCAGCAGCAGCCGUCCAGGGCGCUGAACUCAAGCUGUAUGGUGCAGGAGCACCUGCAGUUGGAGCAGCAUCAGCAAACGCAGGUGGCCAUGGAGCAGCAGCAACUGUGCCAGAAAAUGAAGCAUAUGCAAGUCAAUGGCAUGUUUGCAAAUUGGAGCGCUAACCAAUCUGUGCCUUUUAAUUGUCCUCAGCAAGACCUACAGCAGUACAAUGUCUUUUCAGACUUACCUGGGACCAAUCAAGAGUUUCCCUACAAAUCUGAGAUCGAUACUAUGCCUUAUACAGAGAACAUUAUUCCGUGUAACUCGGCUGUGUUAGCACAACAGUCCCAGCGGACACAGUUAGACUUUCCCCUAGGGAACUUUGAACCAUCCCCAUACCCUACUACUACUUCUAGCUUAGAGUUUGUCACAUGUUUACAAGUUCCUGAAACCCAAAAGCAUGAACUAAAUCUACAGUCCACGCUAGUAACUCCACAGACAUGUUAUGCUGGAGCUGUGUCCAUGUACCCAUAUCGGUUGGAACCGCAGCAGAACAUGGCUCAGAUGCAGUAUAGUCCAACCAUGCCUGGCCCACAGGCAUUUUUAACCAAGUUUCCGAAUGGAGUUUUAAAUGAAACCUAUCCAGCUGAGUUAAAUACUAUAAAUAACUCUCAGACCACCACACAUCUUCAGUCUCUUCACCAUCCAUCAGAGAACAGACCUUUCCCGGACUUGACAUCCAGUAGAUUCCUAUAA